AUGCCAGCUGAGUUUAGUCAUACUCUUAGCAAUACCGAUGUGCUUCGUUACAGUCGCCAUAUCAUUGUGGAAGAAUUUGGACCAGAAGGCCAACAAAGAGUUGGAAAGUCUUCUUUGAUCAUCGUCGGGGUUGGUUCUUUGGGAGCACCGGUCAUACUUUAUGCAGCAGCUGCAGGCUUUGGCCAUAUUGGUCUUGUUGAUUACGACGUUGUUACUGAAAGAGACUUAUCAACACAGGUUAUCCACUCGAAGUUAUCGAUUGGGCGUCCUAAGGUUGAUUCUGCUGGAGAUUCCAUCAAAAGACUGAACAGUAUGAUCAAAAUCACUAAGUACCGCCAGAAACUGAAUGAUUCGAACGCAGAUGAGAUUAUUAAAAAUUAUGAUUGUGUUGCAGACUGCACUAAUACAUCUGCUUCAAGCCUUUUGCUAAAAAAAGUUUGUUGCGUUCUGAGAAUACCUUUGGUUAUUGGAAAAGUAGAUUCUGCAGGAGGAAGAGUGUUCGUCGUGACGUCGUUUCAUUUGCAAGAAGUACUGGAGUCAUUUUGCAAAUGCAGUUCUUACUCCGAAGAGACGGGGAAAAAAGACGAGGAAUUGUCGUGGGCAGUGCUUGGACCUGAAUACGGUUUUGUUGGGUGUUUAAUGGUCACCGAAUUACUUAAAAUCAUUGCUCUUCCACACUUGGCUAUGUCGUCGAAUUAUUCUCGCUGCGCUGAUUGUGGUACUAUUUCCUCCUGUCAUAAAUUCGUACCUCAUGGUGCUGCGAAGAAAGGUAUUGUUCUGCAGGUUUAUGAACAUUUGACUGAAAUCUUAUCUUUACAACCUGGUAUAAUUUACGAACAGCGUGUUAAAAGUGAAAUUCCCUUAGCCGUUUACCGCAAAAAGACCACUUCACCUUUAGUUUUUAUUUUGGGAACUCGGCUUGGACAGAGAUGUCAGGUUGAAAAUAUAGUUGAGAAGUCAUGCCAGGGAGAUUUUUUAAAACGAUCGUCCGUGUUGAUUGUUGGUGCAGGCGGUUUGGGCUGUCCCGUAGCCCUCUACUGCGCAGCAGCUGGAGUUGGAUGCAUCGGUAUAAUUGAUCAUGACAAGGUUUCUAUUGAUAACUUACAGCGUCAAGUUGCCUUCAGCGAAGCAGUCGUUGGCGAAAGUAAAGUGGAGUCAUUAAAAAAAGCUAUUAUAAGGUUGAAUGGAGAGUGUUUAGUGAAGCUACACGACGUAUCCCUCAAUAGUUCGAACGCUAAAUGUAUCAUUGAUAAGUACGACAUCAUCGCAGACUGUUCUGACAAUGUUCCAACAAGAUGUCUUAUUAGUGAUGCCUGUUCCAUGUUAACUAAAAAGAGGCAGAUUGUUUCCGGAAGUGCCCUGGGGUGGUAUGGACAGCUUUCUGUUUAUAAUAAUCCGAAAAAACCGUUGUGUUUUCGCUGUCUUCAUCCAGAGCCUAUUCCGAAAAGUUGCAACGGGAAUUGUUCAGAUAAUGGUGUUAUUGGGUCUGUCGUUGGAGUUAUUGGAAGCUUGCAAGCUUUGGAAGUAAUGAGAAUUGCUCAGGAAGAGUCGCGUCAGCUUAUUAAUUUGGGUGCGGUUAUUAAAGCUUCUUGUUUUCUUUUGCGACAAGGACUGAAGCUCAACUUUUCAGCUCUAUUUGCCGGGAAGCUUUUUGCUUAUGACGGCUACAGCGGCCGCUUGCGUGACGUCUUGCUUAGGCAGAAAAAUGAGAACUGUCUUCUUUGUAGUGGGUCCUGGACAGAAAGUGAACUGCCGGACCGCUGCGAUUUUUAUGAUAGUGCAACAGACCAAAAAGUUACAAAAUUUCAUGUAUUCUUUGUCGGAAAUCCAGGCGAUUUCCUAUAUCAUUCUGCAAACCCCUCUCUCCAGCUGAUUGGGAUAUCUGAUCGAAUUACUCCACAAGAAACUAACAAAGUUUUGACGCAAGCAGUGGAGCCACAGCCUUAUUUAAUUGAUGUUCGCCCUCCGCACCAAUUUCGUAUUGGACAUCUGAAGAAUGCAAUAAUUGUAUAUCCAGAUAUCCCGUUUGAUGAGCUCGUGAAGUUGAACAAUGCAGAUAUACUACAGCAUAUGGGAGCUACUGAAGACUCGUUGAAAAGUAGAAAAGCUGUUGUUAUUUGUCGCCGUGGUAAUCAUUCGCAGCUAGCUGUUUUGGAUCUGAGGAAGAAAUUUCCUCAAUUGCUUUCGAACACCUUCAAGGAUAUGGUAGGUGGCUACACCAGUUGGCAGCAGGUCGUUGAUAUAACAUUCCCUAUAUAUUGA